UCUACACACAAAUAUAUCAGCCUCUCUCUUGUGCAACGCAAACGCCCAGGGAGCGAGUAAAGAAAAGGUGACAUUAUUACAUAAUUUGAAAGUGUUUUUGUGUUACUAAACAACACAUGGACACCGCUUAUGGAUCUAAUCCAGCAGAACCGGAAGGGGACGUGUCUAUUCUGAAGGUCAGAAUUAAAGAGGGAAUUGGUCUUGCUAAGAAGGAUAUCUUUGGAGCAAGUGAUCCUUAUGUCAAAGCAACGCUUAUUAAGGGGGGAGGGAGUUCUGAUGAGCUGAUGUCUGUACAGACGAAGACCAGGAAGAAGACUCUGAAUCCAAAAUGGAAUGAAGAAUUCACUUUUACGGUGAAUCCAAGAAACAACCGACUGCUUUUUGAAGUGUUUGAUGAAAACAAAGUUACAAGAGAUGAUUUCUUGGGACAAGUUCAAAUUCCUCUCUACACAGUACAACCUCAGAAUGCCAACACCUGGAACAACCACAAAGAUUAUAUACUUAGACCACGAAGUGCUAGGUCAAGGGUCAAAGGUUUCUUGCGUAUGACAUUAGCUUACACCGGUGGUGCUGCUUUACAAAAUAGCCUUAUGACUGAUGAGCCUGACUGGGAAUUGGUGGAAUCAGAAAACUUAACAAACACACCUUCGACGUCUCGGCAAGAAGAGGGUCCUCCAUUACCUCAGGGGUGGGAAGAGAGAACCGAUGCCAACGGAAGGGUGUUCUACAUAUGCCACACGACAAGAACAACACAAUGGCAUAGACCAACAGAGGCUACUCCCGAUGUACCCCAGAGAUCUGGAUCUCAGUAUGACAGAGCACGUGCUAAUUACCAGGCAAGAAGGCAUUUAAGCCAGGAAGAUUCUGUCGAUGGUGCUUCUCCUUCAAGAAGUCUUCCUAAAAACAUGGCCUUACCACUUGAACCCAUCCCAUUCCCUACGGUAAAUGCUGAGACGCCAACUCACCAACCACAUGAUGCACCAGCAGACGACCCUCUAGGACCUCUUCCUCCCGGUUGGCAGAUGCAGAAAGCACCUAGCACUGGUCGCUGGUUUUUUAUCAACCAUAACACACGCAAGACAUCUUGGGAUGACCCAAGAAAACACAAUGUUCAGGUUGACGAACUUGGACCACUUCCACCCAACUGGGAAAAGAGAAUGCAUGCCGAUGGUCGAGUGUUCUUCAUUGAUCACACUACAAAGAGUACGCAGUGGGAAGAUCCUAGGAUAAACAUAGCAUCAGUGGGUGGUGAGCCUGUACCUUAUUCAAGAGAUUACAAAAGAAAAUACGACUUCUUCAAAUCACAGCUCCUUAAGAAAAAGUCAUCCGGCACCGGUGAGGCAGAAAUUCCAAACCGCUUUGAGAUGAAAGUUUCAAGGAAUUCAAUCCUUGAGGAUUCUUAUCGUUGUAUCAUGUCUGUAAAGCAUCCAAAUCACCUGAAAGGAAGGCUGUGGAUUGAGUUUAAAGGGGAGGUUGGCUUAGACUACGGAGGUGUUGCAAGAGAAUGGUUUUUCCUGUUGUCAAGGGAAAUGUUCAAUCCGUAUUACGGUCUUUUUGAAUACUCAGCCACGGAUAACUACACAUUACAAAUCAAUCCGGAUUCAGGAAUAUGUAACGAACAGCACCUAGAUUACUUUAAAUUCAUUGGAAGAGUUGCUGGCAUGGCAGUUUACCAUGGAAAACUAUUAGAUGCAUUUUUUAUUCGUCCGUUCUACAAGAUGAUGUUACAGAAGCCAAUAACAUUAAACGAUAUGGAACCUGUGGACUCAGAAUACUAUAACUCAUUAAUGUGGAUUAAAGAAAAUGAUCCUGAGGACCUGGACCUAAUGUUUGCUGUUGAUGAUGAGAGUUUUGGCCAGACACGUACAAUUCCAUUGUUGCCACAUGGAGGAGACAUACCAGUAACGAAUCAGAACAAGGAAAACUAUAUCAAGCUAAUCAUAGACUAUAGGUUCAUAACUAGGAUAGAAAAGCAAAUGAAUCAGUUCAUGGCGGGUUUUGCUGAGCUAAUUCCAAUUGAAUUAAUGAAGAUUUUUGAUGCCAACGAACUUGAGCUGCUACUUGGUGGAUUAACAGAGAUAAGCGUUGCUGAUUGGAAGAAGAAUUCUGCAUAUCGUGGUGGUUACUACGACAACCACAUAGUGAUCCAAUGGUUCUGGAAGGCGGUUUUGACCUUGGAUAAUGAGAUGAGAGCUAGGCUAUUGCAGUUUGUCACCGGAACAUCCCGGGUACCUAUGAAUGGAUUUGCACAUCUGUAUGGAAGUAAUGGUCCACAACUAUUCACCAUUGAGAAGUGGGGAACGCCUGCAUCGCUCCCACGAUCACACACUUGCUUUAACCGACUGGAUCUUCCACCUUACGACUCAUACUACACUCUACGAGAAAAGCUGAGGCUAGCAGUUGAGAACACCCAAGGUUUUGAGGGUGUGGAUUAAAAACUCCUUCUUUUCACAACAUAAUAUCAAAUAAAGAUAUCUAAUGUAUAAAGACUGAGAAGAAAUUAACAAUAGUUAGAUUUUGUAUUUGUUGGUAAUUUGAAUAACUCCUGUUCUGUAUGUAUCUAUUUAUAUAUGUAUAUAAUUUUUAUUUUAAAAUGAUGACUGCCUUUUAAAUCUAGGUAGAUUGGUUGUAAGAAUAUAUUUGAUUAUGUACAGGAUUCCUUGUAAGUUGGGUAAUGAAUUUAACAAAUCUGAUAUGCAUGCAUGAUAUUGCCAAAAAAUAUUUGUAAAAAAAAUUGAUGAUUUGUAUUCAAGUAGAAUAUAAAGGAUGAAAUUGUAUAUAGAAAAAGCAUUGCAAAAAAAAGCUCUAUUGUUCCACACAGUAGUGGAUUGAGGACACAAAAUUACUCAGAAUGGCUUAAAGCUAGCCUCUGGAGGGAAACAUUUUUUAUUAUGUUUUUAUAACUGAUUUUAUAAGACACAAAAAGGGUGUUGGUUAAUGGCAUACAGAUUUUGGAAUAUUCAUAAACUGGGGGGAAAAUGGGCAUGCCAAUCUUUUUUCUACCAUAUUUUUGCCUUAAAAUAUCAGUUGUACAACGUACAAGAGAUUGUUUUCCUCAUGAGCCUGGCUUUAAAUAUUUACAAGCUAAAAAUAAAGAUGAUUUAAUUUUGGAUACUGUGAAAUUGCUCCCCUCAAUUUCUGACACUCUCGGCAUUGAACAAGUUAGUUAAAAUGUUUGAAUUAAAAAAAAGUAUUAAAAAAAAAACAAUAACAGGUAGUAGUGAUGCAUGGGGAGCCAUGCAGAUAAUUCAGGCCUUUAGAGAAAAGAACAAAAACUGUGGCAAUGUACUCUUGUUUAUGCAAAUAAAUGUUGUGGCAAUUUAAUUUUUUCUGAUUUUGUUGGUGUAAUUCUUGACAAUUUUACAUUUUGAGUGCCCCUUUUCUGCAUUGUCAUCAAUAUUGCGAGCCCCUUAAAUGUGUUUUUUUUUUCCCCCUGCUUUACCUCCUUUUUGGUUGUUAUUCUUCAUGUUUUCACAUUUUGAGGCUGCCCUUUUUUCAUGCAUAAACUUUGCAAGCCACUUGAACAGGUAUUAUUCCAGGUAUGUUUCCUCCUUUUGUUCACAUCCACCCAGCAUCUCUCGAUGAUAUAGUAUACAAAUAAUGAAUGUUUAUGAUUGCAAUGGGAAAAAUCUUUCAACACACCUAAAAUAGAUUCUUGUCUUCUGAUAUAUUAUGAAAAAAAUUUAUCUUUUUCCUGAAUAGAAAUUCUUGUCAUUUGAUACUUAUGAAAAAAAUCUACCCUUUUUCUAAAUGGAACAGUUCAGUAUCUUUUUAGCCAAUCAAAAUAUUGUAUUAGGUUGGAGAAUUGUACCUAGAUGCUGUGCAAUAGAGCGAAACGGAUGAAACGAAAAUGCAUGGAUGGAAGUAAAAAUGCAUGGUGGAACCAAUGUCACGUGAUACAAAAUUCACCAAUCAAAUGACAAAGAUCUAUUUAGGUGUGUUAUAAUAGUAUUUGUUGGCUGAAUUAUCUGAUAACAUUAAAAUCUCAGAAUGCACCAGUUUACUGUGUGAGAUUAAUCUAUCAUAGAUGAAAGUACUUGUGUUUGUUUUAUCACACAUCGUCCGUGUGUUUUUUGACAAACAUACCCUGCAAAAUGUUACUUACUUACACAGGAAUUCAAUAAAAAAUAAGCUUGUCGGGUAAAUUGUUGUGUUGCAAAAAAGUUUAUGUUUAUCUAAUUACUGUACGUGUUAGUCUUAAAUAAGGCUUUGCUUACACUAUCAAAUUUUAUGUGACAAAAAAAUGUGAUGUGCCCAUGUAUGGGUACGGUCACGUCAUAUCACAUACUAUCAAAUUGUGUCAAAAAAAGUGUUGGACUUUCAUUUUCCAUCACAUUUUAUGUGAUGCUUUUUUGAUGAAAGUUGAUAGUGUAGACAAAGCUUAAAGGAUUAAAGAUCCAAUUAAUAAUAUUGAUUAGCUUGGCCCACACUAUCAGAUGGUCUCUGAAAAAAGAAACCUGUUGUAUGCUAAUAUAUAAUCAUGAUGUGCCCAUAUAUGGUCAUGAUGGGAUGUCAUCAUGACCAUAUUUAAGCAUUUCACAUGUUCCUGUCAAAUAAAAUUUGAUACUCUGGGCAUAGCUUAACAUUUAUACAAGAUGGAUUCCAUGUGUGUAUUAAAGACAAGGAUAAAUCAGGUUCCCAGGUUGGGAGAAACUACUUCUAUACGAUCUGGUUAAAGAUUUUUUUUAAACACAUUUUUGUGAUUUGCUGUGUAUGGUUAUUUACAAUGCCAGUAGAAUUCAGGGAGACAAGUAAUACCGUACAGUAGUGAAAACGUUAAAAUAUCAUGAAUUGUGUCGGAUUGGUUAGUUUCUUGGACGUGUUUGCUUGCAAGAGUGUAUGAGAUCGUGCCAAUUUCUGGGAAGGUUCCUGCGACUCUCUGACAAAAACAUUUUGCUGUGGUUUAAAUCCCUUAAUUUAUUAUAUUUUUUUUAAAAAGAAUAUAUAUGAUAAAGUUAGAUAAAACCUUGCCUCUGUGCUAUACAAUAUUGUUUUGUUUUUUGUUUUGGGUGAACUUUAACAUUUAACCUGUAACCCAGUCACAACAAAGGGUGCUAUUGUAUAGUAAUACAAGUAAUAAACAACAAUAUAAUCGAUUUGGCUGAUAUUAUUUUCCAAGGUAGUUGUAGUAGGAUAUGUAUAUAUAAGGCUAUUGGUGGUAUAUCAUGUGUUGAUAUGAUGAAUAAUAUAUUAUGCAUUGAGGUAUUUCAUUGAUAUUAUUCAAUAGUAAAAUAUACAGUCAGUAUUUUUUCCUAUUAUGCAAUACAAAUGCAUCUUGUUUGUCUAAUAUUGUUACUGUAAUGAUAAUGUGUUUUGAAUUUAAAUUAUGUAUGUAAAUGACUCUCUCUUAAUGAAAGUUUAUCAUGUGUUUUGUUGUUUAACCAUCAUCAUCCUGGAAUAAGAUUUCAACUAGGCCUGCUGUGUUUUCACCUUAGUAUUUCUGUAAAUCAUGUUUUUUUUAAUCAAAUUAAUAAUUAUGGCUGUCAUUGAUUGAAGCUCCAAAACUGCCAGAACAUUUUAUUUAUAUUCCACUUCGUUGAUUUGUCUCCCACAUCCACACACCUUUCUUUACCUACAACUGUGUAGUAGUGCAAAGGUAGAUAUUCUGCACUGAUAACGUGGUGUCUUAGUACAAUUUGUUAUGAUGCUUAACUUUCCAAAAAACAUGGAAUGCUCGCAUUUAAAGGUCAUGCAUUUCCGUAGUAAAAAUACAGUUAGAAAUUAUACUUAUGAUUGAUUACAUGUGAACUUAGAACUCUUGUGUAGAAAGAAUUAUAUUAUGGUAGCGUACAAGCUAUCCAAAUUGAA